GUGGCGAAGAUUGUCCGCCCCCAGGUGGCCGCCUUCCGGGCGCUUUACGGCCCACUGCUCGCCAGCGACCUCCUCAAGGACCUCGUCUCCUGCUACCUGAAGGCGGCCAUAGCGGCCAUUGUCUUUCGCUCCAGCUGGACGCAGUCGGUGAAGGGCCUCCUCACCGCCGGCCUCGCCAAGUCGCUGCUCUACAGUCUGGCCAAGGUGAGGAAGAUG